GAGGCCCUCACUGUGGGCUUGCUGCUGUAGCGGGAAUGCUGGGGCAAACUGCAGUGCGUCCAUGCACAGAAAUACCCAACAAGGAAUCUCGGGCCUGUCCCGUAUUAGCAAAGACCUGCCGGUAAGCUCCAUGUCCACCUCACAUGUCCAGUGUUGUCACACAGCUAAUAAAGAUCUCUGUAGCUCUCUGCUGGCAAGAUGUCCAGUAACACACUUCCCGCUUUGUCCAUGGAAUCCAGGUUCCACUUGUGUGCCCUUGAUGUCCUCAGCAAAAAGGAGUUUUACUGAUUUAUCACCAGAGGCUUCCAGUUGCAUAAGAGGGGCUCGUGUGUUGGCAAGGAAUGAAGCUGAUGGCUAUUACUACCUGGGACACAUUGUCCAAGAGGUGAAGGGCUCCAGGGAACGCUUUUUAAUUGAGUUUGACAAAAGCCAUGCUCCAAAAGGCAAGGUACAGCAGCUUCGCCUGCAGGAAACGCCUCUCUAUGACAUUCUCCACUACGAAGAUGCCAGGCGACGGCCUCUUGCUUCAGGAGACAGGGUCUUGGCACCAUGGGAGACCAGAGCUGAACGUUUUGGCCCAGGCAGUGUGCUGAAGAUUGUGGAGAACAAGGGGGCACAUUUAGCACACAACAGAAGAGUGAUUGUGAAUUUCUGGAAUGGACAGACUAAGGAAGUGUCUUCUGACCAAGCUCUGUGGAUCACUCAGCCCUUGAGUGAACGCAUCAUCCUAGAACUGCAGAUGCCUUUAGCAGCCAGGCAGAUGGUGGUAGAUUCAAGCUUGGAUUACCCAUACAUAGUGACCCCAGGUUACAGAGCCUCAGGUCAUUACAGAUGGGAUCAUUCAGACCUGGACCACUGGCCAAGGGAUCUAUAUUUGAGUCAGCCAUGCACUAAGUGCAGCUGUAGGUGUACCUCUCUGCCCUAUUGCUGCAUUUCAGCUGGGGAACCCACGUGGCCUACAGGGUGCAGAGCACAGCAGGAAGAUGCCUACCUCCCUGGAACUGGCUUGAUGAAAGAAGAGCUUAGCAAAAAAACUGAGGAGCAACUAUCUGAAAUGAGGAUUUUGCCUUCAGAAAGUGUUUCCAGAGAGGAACAGAAAAAGGAGGAGAAGAAAUUGAAGACAGAAAAUGUUCCAAAAGAUAUUCAGUCUUGUUUGGCAGAAGACAAUGAGCUUGUAGAACCUAAGCAGAGUCCUAAGAGGGAGAUGUCUGAUGCUUUGGUUGAUGCUGCUGUCAACACAGACAGGUGGUUAAUGGAGUCAUUCCACAAGGAAGAAGCAGAAAGCAGACAGCAGGAUGCUAAAUCUGAGGGUCUUUUUGAGUCCAGAGUGGCAGAAGCUCCGAUCCAGCAUUCCCAAAGGAGCCCUUCCCUGAGAAUCAGUGCUUUGGUUCCUUUCAGGCGACAAAGCUUCUUUGAUUGUGUGAAUCAAUCACUACAGAAAGACAGCCUGACCAUCAAAUCAGCUCUCCGUGUACAGAGACUACACAGCACCCCCAUUCUGCAGGCCAGCAGAUCCACAAAUCUUCUGAAAGGCAAAAGCAUUACAAAAUCAGUCCUUAAUGGUGGAUCUCAGAAGAGCUGGCAAGAAAUGGAUUUCAGCAAAGCCAAGAUUGACCACAAAAGGAAGCAAGAGGAGCAGAGACAGCUGAAGAGGGAGCAGCAGCAAGAGGCAGAUGGCAUCCAACGCCAGCUUCACAGGGACAACCAGAGGCAGCGAUUGCAUCAGAGAAGAUUGCAAGAGCUGGAGAAACAGCUGGAGCACAGAGACAGAGCUUUGCAGCACAUGGCACUGCUCCAGGCUGCUGGGGCAGAGAGGAGCAGGAAGGAAUCCUUCUUGAUAGAGGAGGAGAAGAGGAAGGCAAGUCAGAGGCUGCAGUUUUUAAAGACACGGCGUUUGCAGAGAGAGGAGUUGCAGGCAGAACGCAGUGAAAGGAGCUUUGAACAAGAGAAAGAAAGGCUGGAUUUUCUCCGGAGCAGAAUGCAGUCACGGCAGGAAGUGUUGGAAGAAGGAUCACACAAGCAGGACAGGCAACAAAAACAGCACCAGGCUGCCAAAGGGAAAGCGUUCCAGAGCAGAGACCGUUCACACCAGAAGAUGGAAAAAGAAGGCAAAAAACUCUGUGAAUUGCAGCAGUACCUCAGAGAACAGAAUCUUUUGACGCUUCGUGCAUCGUUGCUGGCAUAAGAAAGCAGCAGGGCAGACAGUGACACAACAAAAUGGAGAACAUCACAUGGGCUUUCCAGCAGCAAGGCUGCAGAAGGGAACCUUUAUGCAAGAUGUUGAUCCUCUCCCUCUUCUCUGGCAAAACCUGGCAGAUUCUGCAACAGCCUUAGAUGUGAGAGGCUCCCAGCAGUCCUAACUUCCAGCAUAAGCACUCCUGACCAGGGAGUGGUUGACUAUGCCUCCUGUUUAACACCUUCUGCUCCUGAGCCACUGAAGUCACUCAAUUUUGCCAGCCUAGUUGCUGUAGCUGCAUUGGGUAUAGCUCUCACAACAGCCAAUUUCUUCUCCCCUCUAAGGGAGGUUCAUAAGGGGAAGUAGAGAUAAAGCUAUCACUUCAGCCCUCUGAAGUGAAGGGAGACUCUCCAGUUGUCUCCCUUUCCCAGACAGAUGAGAGAGGCCUCACCUGGCCCUGGACCACAGCUGUGAAAACAGCCCGGAAGUUCUGCAGGUCAGCACUUUGCAGCUCUGCCACAAUUCCCGCAUCCAGCAGCACCAGGCAGAGCCUCCUGACAGAUGGCUCCACUUCCACCACGAGUGUGUCACACAGGUCCACAAUGGCUGUCUGCUCCUUGCAGCCAGUGCUGUUGUAAGCAGAGCCUUGAACCAGGAUGUUCCCAGGGUGCAGGUCAGCAUGGACAAAGUUGUCAACAAAGAUCUAGAGGACAGCAAAGUCAGAGCAGCUCAUUCCAACCAAACCUACCCACACCUAUACUCACACACAAACAGAGGUCUGUUUCGAAUCUGUUCACUGUCAUGGGUCAUGUGCACCACCCUAUGCAGCAACACAGCAAACAGCUUCUUCUGGAGACCCGUUGUGCUGAACUGCCAUGAGUGCUACUCAGCCUAGGGGAGUCAGCAGAACUGUGAGGCAAUGCUGUGUGUUUGCUAGCAGUCAGAUAAGACCCCCAGGAAUCCUAGCAGGGAACAUUAGUGCUCUUUGGCAGUUAAUGCUGAAAUGAGGGCACACUGGUGGGCCUUGGCAAAGAGUAAUGCAGCAAGAAUAGGCCAUUUGCCAUUCAGUGGCACAGGUUAUAGCAAAUGGUUACAUUUGUCUAGUCAUGAGAAGGGUAGGAGAUGCGAGAUGCAAGCAGGUUUUCUUUUUAGCCAUAUUGUCUUAAUACCCAACUUAAUAGCUUCUGCAGGAAAACAACCUUAUCUUCCAGCCCCAGCCAACCACCUACCAUCUUUAAGAUCAUGUCCAUGCCCAUCUUUGCAAGUCUCUGCCUCAGUUCUGUGGCAAUCUCCUCAUGCAGGUAGUGUGAAAUAGGCUUACUCUCCUGAAACAAAGAGUUGGAAUCAAACAUACCCUGUGUCCCAACUUAAACUAGGUGGCCCAGAGUUGAGGCAGAAUUGCUAAGAAAACCCUGAAAAGGACUUGCCCAGUGGAAGCUGUACCUACUAUGACAGAGAACAUGAGAGAAAUAAGGGCUUGUUCUUCAGAAAUGGUGUGAUAUAGUCUGGAGCUGAAAUAACUCUUGCCAGGAUCACACUCACAAAAGCUAAGGUUGAGAAUAGCGUUGGUCUGUUACUCAAACAUCCAUAAAGGAAGUGAGGCAAGCAUCAGAAAGCGUCAAACUGCUGAGCUUCUUGCUUUGACCCACCACAAAGGAGAGCUGAAGCAUGGUGUUGCUUUGCAAAGCACAGGCAAGCACAUGGUGGCUGGACACACUGCUGAUCUGCUUGGUUUCAGGCCCAGUGUUCACUUCUCUAUGGAGUUGUCUGCCACCUGUCUUCUGGGAUGCACUGCUUACAAACAAACAAAGUGGGAGAGACACUGAGGAAGGACAGCAGCCUUUUUAAGCAAGUAAGAGAAAAGCAUCCUUUUGCAUCUGACAGCUCCUUCUCAAAAAAGCACCUUAUUGGCAUGUUCUAAGGGCCUUAUCACUGCCAGCACCACUCCCAGACCCUGCAGUUCUUACCUCAAAUGUUUCCACAAGAACAUCUGUUGUUACCAGAGGCCAAAGAGGAGUUGGAAAUUUGACAAAAUCGACAUCUACAAAAUUUUGUCGGAAGCGCUCCAGAUUUCUGGCUUCAUACCGUAAAUCAAUCUCAAGGGAGGAAAAAAAGCAGAUUGGAAAUUAGGUGCAAUUAAAAUUAGAUGCUACCCUGUGCGAGGGUAUGCCUGUAUGAUGCAAUACCCAGUAGCAAUGCAACCAGUCAGAAAGCCAGAACAAAACCAAAACAUAGCAGUGCUUCUUAUAUGCUUAUAGCUCUUCUGAUGGAGCAGCAGAGUAACAGCCUGGCUAACGGAUGGCUCACAACCUGCAAAAUAUGGGUGACACUUACCGUAAGCAUGGGUCUCAAAAAAGACCAGGACUGCAUUAUUUUCAAGGGCAAAGAGAGCCUGAACCGAAGUUUACUGUCCAAAUACCAAGGCAGGCAGACAGGGUAGAAGAAUCACAACCCUAGCAUCACUUUACAGAUAGGCAGCCAUCGCAGGAAGAAAUGUCAUGUAGCACAUGCAAAACAAUCCACUAUGCAAAGUCCUGGCCCCAGCUCAUCAAUGACACAAGGACAUCUAUUCUGCACACUGCUACUGCUCAAGGAGGCAGAAUAAUCCUGCCUCCCUCAUCUGGCAGUGGGAAGUACCCCAGGAAUAGUUCUUUCAGAAAAAGAUGUAAAAGAAAAUUGCAGUAAGUCUUUUGGUUGCUCUCCUAAUCGACAGUCUUCAGCACAUACACCAAAAGCUCUGCCAGACUAAACUGGUACUCAUGAUCUUGAGUCACAUUUGACUACAGUCAGCAGUUCACAACAGGGAUUUACUGUGCAGAUUUUUUUCAAUAGCAGAAAAUAAUUAAGGUUUUCAAAAGCUUCUAACAGACUUCAGGCAAUCUAGACAAAAAUGAAAUUAGCAGAUCGCAGUUCAUUUCAAUAGAACUAUAAGCUUGAUUAAGCCUGUAGUGAUACCUUUUUUAGUUUGGUAGUAAGGAAAUUGCAAGACUGCUUUUCUAGAAGACACUGAUGAAUCAGGACAUUUUCAGAUCUAUUUGCAAAGCUUAACUUGACCAAUACCGAGUCUGAUGAUAAUACAGAAUGUAUUAUUUACUUAUAUAAAAGCAUAUUAUUUAUGCCAA